GGCUUUUAUUACACUGCAGGCGCACACGUCGUUUGAGUGUGAAGUCCAGACCGCAGAGCGCUUCUGAUCCACAGAUAGUGGCUCCACUGACUCAGCUUUGACUCAGGACGCAAGCUCUAUCUGACAGACUAUUGUUCAACCACCGGAGUAUGACAGGAAGUAAUUACACACAUUCAGUGAGUUUGGCUUAUUGUGCACAGGAGAAAUUACCCAGGUUCUGGUGGAAGUGGAGUCACUUUAUUUACUGGACCCUUCAAAGAUGACUUCGUCUGCACAGCUCUAUCUGAUGGGAUGUCUGAUUCUGACUGUGGGGCUGGCUUUGGAUAUGGGGCCAAACCAAAACAUGGAGUUUACAUUUAUGCUACCCACAGGCGGCACAGAGUGUUUUUACCAAACUACCACGACAGGUGACACCAUGGAGAUAGAAUACCAGGUAAUCGCAGGAUCCGGUCUGGAUGUUGGGUUUGCCUUGAUCUCACCCAGCGGUCAGCGGGUGGUCUCUGAGUUCAGGACAUCUGACGGCAUCCAUAUGGUGGAUCGUACAGAAUUUGGAGAUUACCGGUUAUGCUUUGACAACAGCUUCAGUAAGAUGUCUGAGAAGAUGGUGUUUUUCAAAGUCGUAAUUAACAGUCAAGACAACACAUCUGGAGGCCAAGAGGAGUGGAUCGACUUCACUGUGACUGAAAGCGUGGCGGACUACAGAAUAGAAGAAAUCAGGAGAACAAUGGACUCGGUGUACCGGCACCUGGAGAAGACCCGUCAGGUCCAGGCUGUGCUGCGGGCCUUUGAGGCCAGGGACCGCUACUUGUUAGAGGACAACCUGUGGCGAGUGUCCUUCUGGUCCUGCCUGAACCUGAUGGUGAUGCUUGGUGUGGCUGUCACUCAGACUUACACCCUGAGACGUCUCUUUGAUAAUACCAAGCGGGUCUGCACUUGACAGAACCAGCACAUUACUUUUAUCCCUCACAGGAUAAUACGACAGAGAGAACUUUUUUUACUUUUUAUUUUGUAAGUUUUGUAUUGAUAUUCCAUUGCAUCAUGUUAAUCUACAGAUCCAUGAUUUAGAGAUGCUGGUAAUUUGAGAAAUUUAGUUACCAAAGUGAAACUCAUAUUUUAGGAAGGUUUGUGAUGCAUUUUGAGCAGGUAAUAUCAGUUAAUCUGAUUACUGUGGUUCACAGGUAAUGACCAAUGACACAGGCUUAAUAAAAUACAGAAAUAUCAAGUCUGACCACUUCAUAGAGCUCAGACUGAAUGCUUAGUUGAGGUUCUUUUUCGUGAGUCACUACCAUGUUGCAUGGAAGCGAUCAGCCUGUAUGCUCCAAGGAUUUUGUGGGGGUUUUGUCAGGCCAGCUUGCAAUGGAGCUAAAAUUGUGCCAGGUUUUUUAUUAACGUUUAAUUUUUCAAGGUUUGCUUUUACAGCGUUUAAUUCUUAAUGCCAAAUCUCCUAGCUAUCUUCAUUUUAGCUGGCCGUUUUAGCUUGCUGACCAAUAAAACAUUGUGAUAACAUAAUCGUUAAAGGAGGCCUGAUACUUUAAACAGGUGCCAAGUCCUGCAAGAAAAUAAAUAAGUAUCUUCCUGGAGGUAGAAGCUGGGGAAAGAAUGAACUGUUGUGAAAAGAACUGACAGAUUGCUGUGCGGACUUUGGACAUGAGAAAACUCAGUGGACCAACAGCAGUAGAUGACAUGACUUCCUAAAUCAUCAACUUUGGAAACGUCACAGUGGACUCGGACAGCUUUGAUUCUCAAAUUUUUCUCCACUCUGGGACCUUAAUUUCCAGAUUAAAUGUGAAAUUAAAUGUGCAUCAUAACAGUCCAGUUGUUUUUCACCUUAUGCCUCUUAUAUCAUCACUGGUUUAGAAGUAGCUAAUAAUAAAAACUGAAAACGCUGAAACUCGUGUCCUAAAUAAAUCAGGGUGUUGAUACUUGAUGUUUAGAGCUGAUGACUUUUCAGGUCUACAAAUUCAUGAAUGCUUCUUUUAACCACACUUCUUCCUUCCACUCAUUUUGUUCAUUAAUAGGGUUGGAUACAGCGACAACCACUUGUGGAGUCGUCAACCUCUCAAAUGAGUGUGUAGGUUACACAAUUGCAUAUAUAUUUAAGUCAUAAUAAUCACACCAAAGAGAAAGUAAAACUUAUAAAUUCAUGAAUUUGAAGUGCUGAGAUUAACUGUUUGAUGAUCAAAUAUACUUACAGACGAUAUAAUUCAAUCAUAAAAGCCAUAAUGUAUUGAUAUUUGCAAAUAUUGUCAAGUGAAUCUAGAAAGCCAUAAUUUGCUCCAAUGUUAUUUUAUUAAAUACAAUUAACAGUCUUAUUGAUAUUUCAAACCGUCAGAGAAAUCAUUUCCAAAUACUACCCUCAUUGGAUCAUAGCUUGGUAAAAAAAAAAAAAAAAAAGAAUAAAAAAAA